AUGACAAUUUUUUCUUUGGUUCUCCCCAUCUUCCACUCUUCCCUCUAUAUCUCUUCAAGCAGACCGCUGCGGACGAACUAGUUUGGUGGCUUUGGUGGUUUGAUGUUUCGUUACCGCCUUGCUACUUCCAAACAAUAUAGAGCAAAAGCAUUAGUUGCUUAUUAGGCAUUAGGCAAUAGGCAUCCAUGAAGCAUCUCUAAACGAUGAUGACUACACUUGCACUGCGUAAACCUUUCCAUUCUCUAGCACCAACAGUAUCUGAAGUUCCUGUUUUGUUCUCCAGCACUCCCCGGCAUUCCCCCUAUUCUCACAUUCGCCUCCUUCCUUCCUUCAAACACUUGAAAUCUCUCCUUCAACUUCAUGCCCGCUUAAUUGUCUGCGGCUUCCGAAAAGACAAUUUCACACUGACCCAUCUCAUAAAUUCCUACUCUUCCUUCCGCAAAUGCGACCUUGCUCGGUUUGUAUUUGAUUCUGCGCCAAAUCCAGGUUUGAUUGUGUGGAACUCCAUGAUCAGAGCUUACACUCGAUCAAACAAUCACAGAGAAGCUCUAGAACUAUACCAUUGCAUGUUGGAAAACGGAUUAGUGCCAGACAAGUAUACGUUCACUUUUGUUUUGAAAGCUUGUACUGGAUCUUUGGACUUGCAAGAGGGCAUUCGUAUUCACGGUGAAAUAGCCCAGAAGGGACUGGGACGCGAUGUGUUUAUUGGGACUGGCCUUAUUGAUAUGUUCUGUAAAACGGGUAAUUUAAGGUGUGCGUGGGAGGUGUUUGAGAAAAUGCCCAAAAAGGAUGUUGUGGCUUGGAACGCAAUUAUUGCGGGCUUGUCUCAAAGUUUGGAUCCUUAUGAGGCUUUAGAAGUUUUUCGGAGUAUGCAACUGGGUGGCAUGCAGCCCAGUUCAGUGAGCUUGUUGAACUUGUUCCCAGCAGUUUGUAAAUUAUCGGAUAUUAAGUCGUGUAGGUCUAUUCACGGGUAUGUGGUUAGGAGGGUGGUUUCAAAUUCUGUUGUAAAUGGGAUGAUUGAUAUGUACUCUAAGUGUGGUCAUGUAGAUGUUGCUCGUCGGGUUUUUAAUGGGAUGGACAGCAGGGAUGAUAUUUCAUGGGGAACAAUGAUGGCAGGGUAUGCACACAAUGGACAGUUUUGUGAGGUUUUAGAGUUAUUUUAUCAGAUAAAAAGAGAGAAUUUGAAGAUAAACAAGGUAUCUGCAGUGAGUGCUGUUUUGGCUGCUGCAGAAACAAGAGAUUUGGAGAAAGGCAAAGAGGUCCAUGACUGUGCUAUGCAACAAGGGAUUGAUUCAGAUGUUUUGGUUGCUACGCCUAUUGUGACCAUGUAUGCAAAAUGCGGAGAAUUAGAAAAAUCCAAGCAACUGUUUGAUGGGCUUGGGGAAAGAGAUUUGGUUGCUUGGUCUGCAUUGAUAGCUGCUUUUGUCCAAUCUGGGUUUCCUGAAGAAGCACUCUCUCUAUUCCGCGAUAUGCAAAAUGAAAAUUUGAAACCAAAUGGGGUUACUCUGGUGAGUGUCCUUUCAGCUUGUGCAGAACCAUCUUCUCUGAAAUUAGGUAAGAGCAUACACUGCUAUGCUGUUAAGGCUGAUAUUGAUUCUGAUGUAUCAGCGGGAACAGCUCUAGUAACCAUGUAUGCUAAAUGUGGGAUUUUUAGUUUGGCACUGAUCAUAUUCAAUAGAAUGCCACACACUGAUGUUGUGACAUGGAAUGCUUUGAUAAAUGGGUAUGCUCAGAUUGGUGAGCCAUACCAUGCAAUGGAGAUGUUCCAUAAAUUGAGGUUGUCAGGGAUGCACCUGGACCCAGGAACCAUGGUGGGUGUGCUUCCAGCUUGUGCCCUCUUAGAUGACCUAGAGCAAGGUGUUUACAUUCAUGGCCAAAUUAUAAAGAGUGGGUUUGAAUCAGAUUAUCAUGUAAAGAAUGCUCUCAUUGACAUGUAUGCCAAAUGUGGAAGCCUCUCCUCUGCUGAGUUCUUGUUCAAUGAAACUGGGUUCUCCAAAGAUGAGGUGUCUUGGAAUGUAAUGAUUGCAGGGUACAUGCAGAAUGGACAUGCCAAGGAAGCUAUAUCCACUUUCCACCGAAUGAAAUCAGAGAAUUUUCGGCCUAAUUUAGUCACGCUUGUAAGUGUUCUCCCUGCAGCAGCAUACUUGGCUGCCCUAAGAGAAGGUAUGUCUAUUCAUGCAUUCGUAGUUCAGAAGGGAUUUCAAUCUAAUACACUUAUUGGGAAUAGUCUUAUAGAUAUGUAUGCCAAAUGUGGACGCCUCGACUUCUCACAAUUUUUUUUUGAUGAAAUGAAUAAUAAGGACAAAGUUUCAUGGAAUGCACUGCUUGCUGGGUAUGCAAUACAUGGGUGUGGGGAUCGUGCUAUUGAGCUUUUCUCACUUAUGCAAGAGAAUAAUGCUGAGUUUGAUUCAGUAUCCUUUCUCAGCAUUUUGUCUGCUUGUAGACAUGCAGGUUUAGUAGAGGAAGGAAGACAAAUUUUUUAUUUAAUGCGUGAAAAGCAUCAUCUUGAGCCAGGUUUGGAACAUUAUGCUUGCAUGGUGGAUCUAUUAGGCCGUGCUGGUCUCUUUGAUGAGUCUUCAGGUUUUAUCAGGAGAAUGCCAAUCGAACCAGAUGCUGGAGUUUGGGGAGCCUUACUUGGUGCAUGUAGAAUGCAUAAUAAUGUGAAGUUAGGGGAAGUUGCACUGGAUAAUCUUGUUAAACUUGAGCCUGGAAAUCCAGCUCAUUACAUAGUUUUGUCAAGUAUAUAUGAACAAUCAGGUAGGUGGGGGGAUGCAGGAAGUACAAGAUCAAAGAUGAAUGAGACUGGAUUGAAAAAAACUCCAGGAUGUAGUUGGGUUGAGAUUAAAAACAAAGUCCAUCUUUUUCGAGUAGGUGACAAAAGCCACCCAGAAUUUGAGAGCAUGGGUCUAUUGUGGAAUAAUUUACUCAAGAGGAUGGAGCAAAUGGGUUAUGCACCUGACAGGAGCUGUGUGCUAAAAAAUGUGGAGGAAGAAGAUAAGGAAUUGUUUCUCUACAGUCAUAGUGAGAGGUUGGCAAUAACUUUUGCUCUUCUUAAUACAGAACCGAAGUCAAUGAUCCAGAUAGUGAAGAAUCUUCGUUUUUGUGCCGAUUGUCAUAUAACUACUAAGUUCAUUUCGAAGAUCAUGAACCGUAAGAUCAUUGUCAGAGAUGCCACUCGUUUCCAUCACUUUGAGGAUGGUGUUUGCUCAUGUAAAGAUUACUGGUGACAUUGAUGAGAAGUGGGUGAGCUUGUAUUCUACAAUUUAGAAAGAAAAAAAAUACAACACUUCUUCAAGGAUUUGUUGUUUCCAUCACGGUGGUCAAAACUCAGAAGGCUUCAAGAACUGGGAUUCAGAAGUGGAGAUGCUUAAACAUCUGUUUGAAUGAAGAUUCUGGUUCUAUAAUCAAAAGGGGUUGGACCAGGCAAGUGACCUACUACAUGUGUCAUUGACACAUAUGCAGCAAUGUUAAUUCUCUGGGGCUAGCUAACAAGUGUUAUGCUACCACAGUUAAGCUUCAGAAACCCUGAAGAGUUGAUCAACAUGAAGUUGGUUUUGCAGCUGUGUUUGAGAAUCUAGAAAUAAGCUUGGUGCUGACUAGAGAUAUCCAUAUCAUGGUGGCCACAAGCCAGUGGAAGGGUGAGAAGAUUUCCCUAAGGAUGAGAAGGUUCAAUGGCUCUGAGUUUCAAGGCUAGCUUGAAAUGGCUCCAGUAUGUGCAUAAUCUACAUAUUCAUAUGCCAUUUUUCUGGCAUUGGCAAUGGAUAGACAUACAAGACUACUCCGAAUUUUGACAGAUCUGUAUGUUGUCUCAUUGGUGAACGUUCAAGUAACUGAAGCUCAUGUGAUGAUUGAUGCCUGUUGUUUGCGUAGAGUUCAAUUCAUUUGUUUGUCGUUUCUGGAAACAAUAUGCAACCAUGGAAGAAGUGCAUUCAUAACAUCAUUCAGAGUGGGAGGCUUUGCUAACUUCAUUUAGUGGGGGAAAUUUUGAUUUUUUCAAUAAGAGAAUAGGCCCAUGAUUUCAGUGUACUACAGUAAAUUUUGUAUUACAAUUUUUUCAUAAUUAAACGUAGUAGAUGACAAUGUAUGCGUGUUGCUUUGAAGUUCAAAACUUUUUAAAUUCGAAUG